CCGCAACUCAGCUUGCAACUUCAAUCAGCUGUACCGUGACGUUUUUAGGGGCGCAAAGGACGAGUGCAAAAGAGCCAUGGCCAGGGAUCAGAUAUUUCAGGGUCCACCGGCCGUACCGACCAUUAAAGAAGCGCUGAAAGAAGACAAAGCAGAAUACGACGAUUGCACUCCGUGUCGUGUGAUGGGCGGCGCUGCGUUCGUCGGCCUCGGCACAUACACUUAUUUCUCCGGACACUCGCAACUCAAGUUGCAGGAAGCAGCUAUACUGAAGAGCAACAGCAUGUUUAAAAUGGGGUCCAGGAGGGCUGGCAUCACGGGCAUGGCGGCUACGCUGGUGGGAAUUGGCAUCUAUCGGUGGCUUGCAUAGACAAGCAGGCCAACCCAAUUGCCUGGUGCAGGCAAUGAAGAGGGAGGGGCGUUUCGACUGCUUGGCGUAUGUGACAAAAAAUAGCCCGUUGGCUUUGGGCAGCGCGGAUACGAUAGCAAAAGCGUUCCAGCGCUAAUCUUCAGUUUUACUGCGUCUUAUCACCUACCGCGGAGUAUGGCGGGGGAAGUUGGCAUGGAAAUUCGCGUCCUGUUGUCUCUCUCCUUUAUUCUAUGAAGCGGUUUAACGGGUAGAUUCUACCCAAGCCAUGUUCCGCGUUAUAUGGUAUUAUGCGGUAGCACUCGGAGAGGGGUGUACGAUCAAUG